UAAAAGCACCUUGGAGACUGAGAAGAGCCGCGCGGUGCGCUGUGUGCGCGCACCACAAUAGUCCAGUUCAUCUACGGCGCAGAGAAACAUCGCGCUCUUGCGUGACGGCUGAACUUUACGCAGAGGAUCAGCGCGUGAGUGUGCACCUCUGCAACCUGCGGACAUUUGUCAUCUCUGGCCGCCACAGCAGUGCGCGCGCUCUCGGCACAAGCCCACUUGUUGAUGGCGCACUGACGCGCAGGCGGGAUAUUCUUUAUGCGUAAUUUGGAUAAAAGUCCCGUCCGACGACAGGGCGAGGGCGCUGUGACGCGGAUCGUGCGUCGCCCGCCAGGACCAAGGUAACCUCAUCCGAUCGUGUUGCCAGGUGAGCGGCGGCAUGGGCAACCAGAUGGACAAGCUGUCGCAUUUAAGUUACGCAGAAGUUCCCACGGUGGACCCGAACGGCGUGGACGCGGAGGACGCUCCGCGGAUCGGCGUGUCGUACAUCUUCUCCAACGACGACGACGAGCUGGAGGACGGCUGUGCUCCGGACGGAUCGAACAAAGACCCGAACCAGGAAGAGAAACCAUACGACCCGCGCGACGAGGUGGAGUGCGCCGUCUACCACCGGGACGAGUGCGUGUUCGAGAAGCGCGUCGGGUCCGCGCACUUGGACGUGUGCUGUCCGGAGAACCUGCUGAAGAAAUGCAAAGCGGGUGAUCUUGUGGAGUUCGUGUCCACGGGUCAGUUGCCUCACUGGGCCGUGUACGUGGGAGACUUCCAGGUGGUGCACCUGCACCGGGCGGAGGUGAAAAACAGCUUCUUGACCGACGCCAGUCAGGGGAGGAGGUGCAGGGUGGUGAAUGACUUGUACAGGUUCAAAGCGCUCGGUCCGGACACGGUGGUGCAGAACGCGAUGGAGCAGGUGGGCCUGAAGGACCGGGAGCUGAGCUGGAGGAACUCCGAGUGCUUUGCAGCCUGGUGCCGCUUCGGUAAGAGGGAGCUGAAAAUGGGCGGGGAGAUACGGAUAGGCAAACAGCCCUACAGGCUCAAAGUCUGUCUGAGUGACAAGAACUCGUACGUGCUGGAGUUCCAGAGUUUGGAGGACGCGAUCAUGGAGAAGAGGAGGAACGACCAACAGGGCAGGACAGCCGUGGUGCGCGAGUGGGCUUCGCAUUUUCACAGUAACAGCCAUCCGAGCGCGGAGUGAUGGAGAGAAGCCUUUAUGACAUCAUUUUCCUCUCCCUUUAUGCCCCCUCCCCCCUUUUUUGCCUCUUGAAAAGCAGAGGUCUCAAACUUGGGGUCAGCAAUGAUCAAAGAAUAAAAAUAUCAGUUACAUUUCAAAAUGUAAACAUGAAUUUCAUUAUUGUUUCAUGUUGCAAGUAUUUAAACUUCCUACUUUUGUAUCUUUUACUCAUAAAGCUGCAGUGUGUCAGUUUUAGUGUUAUCUAGUGGUGAGUUUGCACAUUGCAUUAUACUGUCAUCUGUCGUGAUUUUUUUUCCACAUUUUCAUUUGAAGGCAAUGUAGUGCAGCAGAUAAUUGG